CGUUGCUUGGAUAAUUUCACCUUACUACAUAAGCUAGCUUUUCCGACCUGUUUUACUAUGGCUUCUAUUUCUUCGACUAUUUCGACGACCGAAAAUGCUAGCAGUACUGCUAUAGCAUCUACAAAUCCAGUCCUAACUUCCGCACAUGACUUCAUCAUUGCAGAAGAUGCGAAAACUGCCGCAGAUGUCGUUAACAUACCUUCUGUCACUGGAUCUCGGGAAGAUACAACUACAACUAGAAACGUUGCUUUCGUGUCCCCAAUAACUCGUGAGCAGAUGUUGACUGCGGCGGCCGCGAAUUUGGACGCAAUGCUUGCAAACAAGAACACGGAUGAGCAAAUCAGAAUUCUCAAGAACAACUACCUGCGUCUAGGGGGCCAAUGUCAUGAAUUGAACAGGAGGCAUCACGAAGUAGCCACCUGGCGUAGAGACGUGGUAGCAAAAUUGGACUCUAAUCGAGCACUCGUUUUGAAACAGCUUAAUGUCGAAGACCAGCGUAUCGGUGCUCUGGAAGUUAGGGAAUCUGGUUCGAUGCGUUGGAAUGCUAGUCCUACUGCCGACGGAGCUGCGUUGACAACGCGACUCGUCAAUCAGGCCAAUAUCGACCCCUACGCCGAUAGAAUCAACACAUGGGUCAGUCAAGGGCAAGUCGAGCGCAUCGUCCUCCGUCCCGAAGGUCAAACCAGGCGUGCAGCUACAAGAGUCAUUCGCUCAACCGCUUCCCACAGUUCCAAACGCGCGAUGUUGGUUCAGAGACAGAGUGCCCAGACUGUAAAUGGCCGACCUGCUGUCACCCGUGAACAUGGAGCAGCAGAUUAUCGCUGAGCUGACGACCAACUUGAGAGAAGCCGAGAGAGUUGCGCAGCUCUUGCAGGGACAGAAUGAGUUUUUGCAGGCCUUGCAGCACAAGGAAGAGUUUUUGCAGGCCUUGCAGCACAAGCACGAGUUGUUUCAGGCCUUCCAGCACAGAAAUGAGUGAUUACUGCUGUGCCGCGGCCGAUCUAUGGGUCUACAGAGCGCGCAGUUGGUGGAAGACGUGGUUGAUGAUAAGUGGAGUAAUACCGCCUCGAUCAUGGUGCUGCCGAUGAUGACUGUAAUUUCCUUGGGUUUACUUGCAGCAAGUAGACGCGGUAU